AUGCCAGCAACGAAGAGAGCCCGACGAUACAAAAAACCAAGCGUUGAAGAAGUUGAAGAUGCCAUCUACAACUGGGUUGUCAAAAAACGAGAAGAAAAUAGAGCUGUCACGGUGAAAGAAAUAAGGACCAAAGCAAAGGAAUUAGCAGAAGAGCAUGGUCACCAAAAUUUUAAAGCAUCUGCGCAUUGGUGCAUCCUGUUUAUGGCGCGAAAAAAGCUCUCUGUACGAAGAAGAACAAGUGUCGGUCAACCAUUACCGUCUGACCAUCUACAAAAAUGCUCGGAUUUUCGAAAGUUCGUUGCAGCUGAAGCCUUAAACGUAUCCCCUUUCAAUUUGGGAAAUAUUGAUGAAGUACCAGUUCCCUUUGAUAUCAUCUAUGAACGGACAGUUGAUGUGAAGGGACGAGAGAACAUUAAAAUUGAUUCUACCGGCCAUGAGAAAUCUAAUUUUAUUGUGAAAACAAAUGAAAAAGGUUGGAUGAAUCAGGAACUGAUGAAAGAAUGUAUCGUUGAAGUAUGGAACAAAAGAGAAAAUCACAAUUCCGACUCUGAUCGCUCUUUGCUGAUAUUUGAUUCUGUUCGUUGCCACGUAACUGAUGAAGUGAAACAAUUUUGUCAACAAUAUAGCAAAAUUGCCGUAAUACCAGGAGGAUUGACUAAAAUAUUGCAACCCUUAGACGUCGGCAUCAACAAACCGUUUAAAGACCACUUGAAAGCUGGCUGGGAAAAAUGGAUGAGAGAUGAAGCUAAAGCAACUUACACAAAAAGUGGAAUAAGGAGAAGGAUGAGCUACGAAGAAGCUGCAUUUUUAGUUAGCGAAAGUUUCCAAUCCAUUUCAUCUGAUGUUAUUCAACAUAGCUUUGAAAAAGCAUUGUGUGAUUUGGAAAAUCUCAAAAACGAUUUUGCCAUGAUGAAUAUAAACGAUGAUGACGAAGUAGAAAUUGGAAAAGUUUAG